GGAGUGUGUGAGUGGUGGGAGCCCCUGGCGCGGAGCGACCUGCGGGCGCCCGGAGCGGGUGGCUCUGGGCGCCUUCGUCUCUAGCUGGGUCUUCAGAAUGUGCUGACCCUCAUCUGGCUGGACAGCCAUGGACCCCAGCAGCCUCUCACCAGUCCAGCUGUGGUGCCCUCGGCCCUUUGGUACCUAUUCUCAGAAUCAGCCUCGCUCAGCUGCCCCAUCAGCUCGAAAGCCCCCUCCUCCCACUGCCUGCCCUGAGCCCGGCAGCGGGAACAGCAUCAGCUCUGGGGAUGGGCUGGCCCGCUCUGAGAACACCCCUCCAGCCCCCCCAACCCCUGCAGCCCCCCUGCUUUCCACAGCCCCUGGUGAGGAAGGCCGAGUCCUGCUGGACACUUGGUAUGUCAUCAAGCCAGGCAACACUAAGGAGAAGGUGGCCUUUUUUGUGGCCCAUCAGUGCGGUGGUGGCGCCAGCCGGGCCAGUGCUGGGAAGGUCAAGGGCCACUGGGGCAGUGACAGCUCCAAGGCCAAACGGAGACGACGCUGCCUGGACUCCACCAAGCCCCGGCCAGGCCCUGGCAAGCCACUUGAUGGCGGAGGAGAGGAGGACCAGCAGCUGCCAGCCUCCUCCGAGGCCUCAGCUUGUGCCCCUGAGGACGUGGACCUGCUCUCCGUGGCUGAGAUGGUGGCCCUGGUGGAGCAGAGGGCAGCCCUGGCUCUGCAAAGCUACCCUCGAGCAGGGGCCCCGACCCCAGUCGUUUUUGUAUCUGCAGCGGAGCAGGGUGCUCAGGGUGCUGGUGAGGAGCGGAGGCCAGGCAGCGACUGCAGCCGCGUUGCUGAAGCCGUGGCCCACUUUGAGGCCCGGAGGGAUGGGCCCAGAAAGGAGGAGGUGCGCACUGGGGACAGUGUGCGCGGAGGUGGGCCUGGGGAGGUGCGAAUUGCAUUUCGGAUCUCCAGCGGUAGGGAGCCCCGAUCCCCGGAGGGUGGUCCCCCGGGGUCUGGCUCUGGUGGCAGGCCAGGGUGCCCUUACGGGAGCGGGCAGGGCCCCAGCAGCCGGGCCCAGGAUAAGAUCACCUGUGACUUGUACCAGCUCAUCAGCCCAUCUAGGGACGCCCUGCCCAGCAACGUGGACUUCCUGCUGGCCCGGGCUGAUGAGGCUGGAGAUGGGGAAGCAGCUGGAGCCUCCCGCCCAGAGGGGCCUCCCGAGAGGGCCACUGCAGGCGCCACCGCAGGGGACAAGCCCCCAGCCCCGCCCCCACCCCCUGCGGGGGCCCGAGAGUGCGGGGGAGGGGGCGCUGCGGGUUUCCACGUAGACGUGGUGGUCACGGGUGUGGUGGACCAGUGCGUCUUCUUUGGCAAGGAUGGGGCCAAGACCGUGAAGGAGGAGACUGUGUGCCUGACUGUGAGCCCGGAGGAGCCCCCUCCUCCGGGCCAGCUCUUCCUGCUGCCUGCCCGCGGGGAGCCGGCACCCGAGGCCCCUGCUGCCCCUGAGGCGCCCACCGCGCCUGCGCCUGAGGGCAGCGAGCCUGAGGUUGGGGGCGGGGCGGGCGCAGCUGCGGCCCCAGAUGCCUCCUUGUGCCGCCUCUAUCACCACGUAUCCCACGACUUCCUGGAGAUCCGCUUCAAGAUCCAGCGGCUGCUCGAGCCCCGCCAGUACAUGCUGCUGCUGCCCGAGCACGUGCUCGUGAAGAUCUUCGGCUUCCUGCCCACGCGCGCCCUGGCCGCCCUCAAGUGCACGUGCCACUACUUCAAGUGCGUCAUCGAGACGUUCGGCGUGCAGGCCACCGACUCGCGCUGGAGCCGCCACCCGCUCUACCGCGACGACCCCUGCAAGCAGUGCCGCAAGUGCUAUGAGAAGGGCGACGUGUCGCUUUGCCGCUGGCACCCCAAGCCCUACCACCACGACCUGCCCUACGGCCGCUCCUACUGGAUGUGCUGCCGCCGGCCCGACAAGGACACGCCGGGCUGCCGGCUGGGCCUGCACGACAACAACUGGGUGCUUCCCUGCCACGCGCUGCGGCCUGCACGGGAGGAUGCCAGGUGA